GCGUGCGAUCCCAAGAGAGUGGCUGGUUGCAGCUGGAUUGGAUGCCACUCCCUUUGACAUGCGUCGACUCAAGAACGUGGGUCGUCCCGGCCCGCGCACACCAGAAGAAUUCGACGCCUACCACAUUCGCCAUCUCGCGCGCUGGGCCCUCCGACAUUACAACUCCUGCCACCCGGGUGCUGAGUUCCGGUGCCCUGAUCAGCCCACCACCGAGGCGAAGGCAGCCUGUGUUGGCUUCAGGGAAGAUCUCUGGUACCACCUCAACUUCUUGGCCUGCCUAAAGGACGAUGGCGACGAGCAGAGCUUCUUCGCCGAGCUACGCUAUGACCGGUGUUCCAGCACAAUAAUCAUCAAAACAUGCACCAUCUUAGGCUUGUAA